CCUUUGCCACAAUGGAGCUGAAUUAAGUAUGUGACAAAUACAAGUACUUGAUGCCUUGACAAAUUGACUUGAUUUCAGGGAUUCAUGGGUAUUGCUGCAAACCUUCGUCAGCCUGCUAGGCAUCAAAACUACCAGCAGUGUAUGUUACUACCAGUUUUUAUGCUGCCAACUCUUUCCUCCCCAAAAUUGUACUCAUGUGAGUGUCAAGCAUAAAGAGUCCCAAUGCGGGUGCGUAAGAUGUCAGCAUUGGUGGGGGCAGCACUUAUCCUGGGUUGCUGUCUUAUACUGUACUUGAUGAUGGAUCUUGCAGUCUUUCCAUCUGAUAUUCAUGAUAACAAAUGGGUGCAGUUUGAAGGCCGCUUAAAGCAGUUAGAGGUUGAUCUACAUCGACACCAUGAAACUGUUGGAAAAUUGAAACACACCAUCAAGCAGUUAAUCAGUAAUUCACCAGCACCAUAUGAUUAUCAGCAGCACUCAAAUCACACUGUUGUUACCACUUCAGCUACCACUCCUGAGGCUGGUGCAGAUGUUUCCUGUAGCAUUCAGUUCAAAAGUGUUCCUAGGGCAGACAUUCAAAUGCUGGAUGUGUAUAAGGAACUCAAGUUUGACAACAUUGAUGGUGGAGCUUGGAAACAGGGCUGGAAUGUGGAAAUCAGUGGGCAGGAAUGGGACAAGCACAACAAGCUGAAAGUGUUUGUAGUUCCACACUCUCACAAUGAUCCAGGCUGGAUAAAAACAUUUGAAGACUAUUAUCACAGUCAGACACGUAACAUUCUAAACAACAUGGUUAACAAACUCUCUGAAGAUCCACGACGCAAGUUCAUCUGGGCAGAGAUAUCCUUCUUCUCUCUGUGGUGGGAUGAGAUUCCCAUAGAGACAAAGGAGCAGGUGAAGAAGCUUGUAUCUGAUGGGCAGUUGGAGAUAGUAACAGGUGGUUGGGUAAUGAACGAUGAAGCAAAUACACAUUACUUCUCAAUGCUGCUACAAAUGAUGGAGGGCCAUCAGUGGUUAUUGAGCCAACUUGAGUUUAAACCCAGAAAUAGUUGGUCCAUAGAUCCAUUUGGACAGUCACCCACAAUGGCAUAUCUGUUAAAGAGAAUGGGCCUUGAGAAUCUGCUUAUUCAGCGAGUCCACUAUUCUGUGAAGAAGUACCUUGCACACAACAAGAACCUUGAAUUCCGAUGGAGACAGCUGUGGGAUGGUAAUGGUUCUACGGAUCUCUUUACACACAUGAUGCCAUUCUACAGUUAUGAUAUACCACAUACAUGUGGGCCAGACCCCAAAAUUUGCUGUCAGUUUGACUUCCGACGGUUACCAGGUUUUGGCAUCUCAUGUCCAUGGAAAGUUCCACCACAGGUCAUCAAAGAACAGAAUGUGGCUCACAGAGCUGGGAUGCUGCUAGAACAGUAUCGCAAGAAAGCACAGCUAUACCGAACUAAUGUCAUUCUUGCACCACUUGGUGAUGACUUCCGAUAUGACCAUGCAUCAGAAUGGGAUGCUCAGUACAAUAACUACCAAAAGAUAUUUGAUUACUGGAACAGCAAGCCUCAUCUGUACGUUGAGGCACAGUUUGGAACAUUAAACGACUAUUUUAAUGCAGUGAGGGAAGAGAGAAAGCCAGAGAGGUUUCCAUCCCUGUCAGGAGAUUUCUUCACUUAUGCAGAUCGUGAUGAUCACUACUGGAGUGGUUAUUACACAUCUCGUCCAUUCUAUAAGCGCAUGGAUCGUGUGCUUUUAACUUACAUCAGGGCUACUGAGCUGUUGUUUUCAUUGGGUUGGAGCACAAAGCAGAGCUCAUCUGAUUGGCUGUUGGCACCAGAAUCUGGUCUUACAAAACUGUUGAGUGAUGCACGAAGAAGUCUGAGUUUGUUUCAACAUCAUGAUGCUAUUACUGGAACUGCCAAAGAUCAUGUUGUAGAAGAUUAUGCCAAGAAGAUGCUGGAGGCCAUCAAUGGAAUGCAGCAUGUGAUGCAACAAGCUGCUCACUUCUUGUUAUCUUCACCACGGGUACCGUACCAACCUAACUCAGAAUUUGUGUACUUUGACCUGGAUGAUAUUCGGAAGCACCACUAUAGCAUUCCAGAGAAGACUGUUGUGUUUGUUGGUGAAGGUUUGGAGUCCCAAAGAAUUGUACUAUAUAACUCUUUGACAUGGAGACGACAGGAAUUGGUCACUCUCAGGGUAUCUACUCCUAAUGUUAAGGUGACAAACACUGCUGGCACUGCUGUUACCAGUCAGAUAAGUCCUGUGUUCCAGGAGUUAUCUGAUGUUAUUGCAGAUUCUCGUUAUGACAUCACUUUCAUGGCAGAUGUGCCUCCUCUGGGAUUGACCACGUACUUCCUACAUGCUGUGCGUCCUGCCCAGAAAAUAGAGAAUGUUAUGUCACGCAUCAAGUUGCUGAACUUUGUGGGCUAUGUACCAAGAGUUGAAGGCUUUGAAUACAUUGAAGUGGCGGAUGAAGCAAAGGAGUUUUCAAUCCAUAAUGAUCAUCUGUCUGUAGCAUUCAGUGAGCAAGGGCUCUUGAAGGCUGUCACACUAAAAGACAGUGGUGUGACUGUUCCUCUACACCUGGACUUUGCAAGGUACCAAGCACGACAAGGACAAGAACGCAGUGGUGCAUACUUGUUCCUGCCAGACAGAGAAGCAGAGACAGUUGCAUGGGACUCUUCCCCAGUGCGAAUAUUGGAGGGACCAUUGUUUUCCCAGGUUCAUAUGCAUCUACCAGGUGUACAGCAUACUGUAACAUUGGUUAAUACAGAAGGAGCAGACAGUCUGGGGCUACAAGUGCAGAAUGUGGUGGACAUCUCAGACCAAGUAAACUGUGAGCUGACUAUGCGUAUAUCAAGCAGCAUCAAAAAUGGAGAUGACUUCUAUACAGACUUAAAUGGUUUGCAGAUCAUUCGACGGAAACGUUUUUCUAAGUUGCCUUUACAGGCCAACUAUUAUCCUCUUCCAACCAUGGCCUUCAUUCAGGAUCAAAAAUUUAGAUUCACCAUUGUUACUGCUCAACCGCUUGGUGUAGGUUCACUAAAGGAGGGCCAGAUUGAGGUGAUGCAGGAUCGCAGGCUAAAUCAGGAUGACAACAGAGGACUGGGACAGGGUGUGACAGACAACAAACCUCUUCCUGCCACAUUCAGAUUGAUCCUUGAACAACGUCAGCCAAGUUGUCAGGGAACUGCAACUGACCAUCCAGCAGGCUUGUCAACUAUUGCAGCUCAUGUAGCAUCACUGUCUCUUUUACACCCAUUGUUCCACCUACUUUGGUUGGGUAAGACUUCAGAUAAUUUAGAGUCACAUUAUGCACCUGUGACUCAAGAACCAGGCUGUGAUAUACAUGUAGUCAUGUUACACACCUUCCCACUGCAGUCCAAAAAUGCAGCUGGUCUAAUCGUACAUCGUCAGGAGACAGAUCCCUGUUUCCCACUGGAGCAGUUUCCACUUAGCAAUGGACUGUUGAAUGUGAGCAGCCUUGUACCUACACAGUUUGGUAACACCAUGAAAGAGGCAACUCUUUCCUUUCUGGAAGAAGGGAAGACUGUUCAGAAAAACACUGCACGUCCAGUUUGCCACAUGGAGAUGUCUGCAUUUCUCUUCCCAAGAUAGCCUACCAGCUAUAACAUCACUUUGGUAACAAAUAUUUAAAUCAUGGGCCCACAAACCUUGCAGCACUUAUGGAAAAGACCUUAUAUUUGUUUGAAAUAAGUCAGAAAGUGACACUUUUUCCCCAGUGUGUUAGCUGAUUGCACAUACCACAGACAGCUGAACUUGAACUACUGUGAACUGUUGGUGCUGAGUCUAUAGUACACCAGAUAUUCUUGCUAAGGUGAAAAACCGUUUUAUAAAAUCAUAAUAUAUAAAUUGAGUUAGUUAUGUUAGUGGCAGGUUUCAUUUACACCUACAUAGAACAGGUCCAGAAUAUUUCCCAUAAAAUGAAAAUAUUUUGAAAUGCUGCUUAAUCAAGAACCUUUUCGUACUAUGAAUGGUUGAUAUAUAAUUGGUAUGAACAUAAAUGUUACUGAUAUUGUGUUGAAUCUGGGCAUGCCACUGAAAGAGUUCAGCGAUGUUUGUUUAGUGUAGUACAUUGAGAAAAAAAGGUCCCUGAAAGUCAUAUUUGUCUGAAGGAGAGGGUAACUUAUUUCAUACCAAGAAAGAGCUGCUGCUACGUGUGUCUCCUGGAACUGCACUUUGAAGUUUGUUGUGACUUGAAUGUUAAGAUUACUGGCACAUGAAAUGUAUGGUAAUAUCAUAAUUGGUGAAAUUUUGUGUUGUAGAAUCUACAAACCAGUAUUUUUGUACAAUCAUUCAAGAAACUUGGACUUCAGAUUUCUGGGCUGUUGGGUGGAUAGUAUAUCCUUUUCCCUUGGUAUGUAGCUGUAAAAUAAAUUUUAUGGUACUAACAGCAACUAAAUGCAGUAAGAUUCUAUAGUGAUCUUCCAUAUUAGUUGGAAUAAAAAUUUGACUUAUGGAGACAGAUUAUAAAAUCCUAGGGUGAAAAGAAAUAGGUAAGAUUACAGGAGAGACUCUAUGCAACAGGCUACGUGGUAUAAAUAUUUUGGGUCGUUCAUCAAUCAGACACUGUCAAUGGAAGCAGAUAGUAUCAUCAGUUUUGAAGUUUCAUUCUGUUUUGGUGAGUCUGUAUGUUGAGAUAACUAUGUUAUAUCAGACUAAGUCAAGCUAGUAGCUUCUUUCAUCUUGAGGUAAUAGCAUAAGCAAAACAUUUUCAAUGAUUGAUAAAACAUUACAAACCCUAUUUGUGAUUGUGUUAAGCAUCCAACAGUUGCAAAGAGACAGAAUAAAUCAGUAUUACAUUCUAAUUAUUUAACAGUAUCAUUAUGCUUUUGUAUUGCACAAUAAAAGUGGUGUUUUGUUUUAUUUUUACAUUGCUGUUAUUGUGGUGAAGAAAACAUCAAAACAUCAGAUAGGUUAUAGUUGGGCUGUCAAAACUGUGUGAAUGAACUGCACAUUUCAGCUACAUUGAAGUCCAUAGAAUUGUGAGAAAAUAAACAUGCGUAUGUUUUGUACCUGUAGUAUACACAAAAGAAUAUUAUUACUGUAUGGAGUUUCAUCUUACAGCACUUAUUUCCUGUGAUUUACCUUGUUUUCAGUUUGUUCACCAACUGUAGUGGUGAUGAUCUCCAUAGUUUCAUGCUUAAAUAAAUUGUAGGUUCAUGUGUGUUGUGAUGAGUGACUUUUAUUACCUGCUCAUUUCUGUUUGAGUAACAAUCAUAAAUUUUAUUAUUUGUAAUGACUCAAAUGACUUGUGUAGUGAUGGGAGUAUGUUUCUAAGGUUUGUUUUGUAUGGAUAAAAAUGGUAAAGUUAAAUUAUCUUUAUCAAAGGUGACUUUAACAUUAAGGUUAAAAAUUGUUAAUAUGAUUUUCAUGUGUUUAAAAUUAAGUUUGCCGAUAGAAUUUAUGAAGAGAGUUGUGUGUGAGAUUUCAGGUUUUUGCAUCAGUGAAUAUGAAGAUGGCUAUAUUCUGGGCUGUUGCACCAUGUAGUGUGGUAAAAGUUUACUGACAUUGUAGAGGUGCUUGCUGCCUCCAACAUCAUGGUGUUGAAGGCAGAAAUCACCUCAGAAACAUUGAUAAACUUUUACCAGACUACACAGUGCAUAAUCCCAAAAGACAGCCAUAUUGUUCAAAGUUAUUUGUAACUUUGUAGAAUAAAGUCCAGACAUGUAAUUAUUGAAAUUUAUAAAUUUACUAAAAAAUAAACUCAUUAAGAAGCUUUAUAAUUGAGGUAUUGGUAGAUUGGUGAAGGAAGAUAAGUAUUUUGUAGUAAACUGGCACUGGAAGCACCAUACUUACUCAGAGAUCACAUGCAUCCCCUCUCCUACCCUACCCCAAAAAGAAACUAUUUUUUUUAUAUCAUGUUGAAGUUCAGUCUUUUCCAGAACCAGUAUAUUGGUGGCACAGUUGGUCUAAUUAGGAAAUCCACUUAAAACCCAUGCAUUUUCAAUUCUUAUAAGUCAAACUAAUAAUAUGUGGUAUGCAUGUUUCUGAAAGCUUGCAGAAGUUGUACUUAUAUUGGUACUAAAAAUUUAGGUUAGCAUAAAACAAAGCUACUUAUAUGGGCUUAUGAACAAAUUUGUGUUCAGUUGCAGGUUGAAAACUGCAAAUCAAGUUUGUGUAAAUUUCUGUAUUAACUUAUAAUGAAAUAUACCUAAAUAUAUAGUUUAGUAAACUGUAUUUUGUUUGGUUAUAUCAUAUGCAUAUACAUUUAAAACAUACAGCUGGAUGUUUUCUAUUACAGAAAAUUGCAGAAUAGUUAUGGAUACUGAUGAAAAUAUGAAUAUGCAGAUGGGGUAUUGUGUAAGCAUGUGUAAGAGAAUAAGGCUGUAUUGAGUAUUAAGUGAUAAUUUCUUUUGAAGUUUUUGCAUUAAUAAAAUGGGGUGCAUGUGGCAUACAUAUUAAUACAGUUACUGUUGUGCUUAUCUGAAAAUUAAUCGUUUUAGGUAUGUAAGAUUAUCCCACAAAGAACAUAACACUUUUCAUUUCCUUUCUAUUGACUUCACUUCUUGUCUGCAGAAUCUCUUCAUUCUCCUACAAUUAAGUCCAUUUCCUGACAUUGCAAUAAACCCAAUGCAAAGUUUGUUUUUAAGGCCUGCCUCCCUGUACCAGCAAUGCCACCAAUUACUCAGUUUGUCCCAGAACCUGACCUGUGUUUCUCUGUCUACAGUACCACUAACAUUGUUUUGAACAGCGCUACUCUACAACAAACCAAUAAUCUUCCAUGUUUGAUCUCUACUGGAUCUUAAUAUUCCAGACUUGUUUUCAAAGAAACAUCAGCCAUUGCUGUCCUGACCUGUUUUCCUUCUUCAGUUGAACCUACUAAAAAUAUUUUGCAAACUGACAUCUCAAAGAACUGUAUGAAUGUCUACUGCAGUUAGAUAUUUCUAAAUACUUGUCUUUUCCUAAAUUUUAUAGCCUCUUUAGUCUGUUAUCAUUCCACUGAGAAAAUUAAUAGGAAUUGUAGAGUCUAGCUUCUGUUCUUAUCUUUGUUGGCUGCUAUUGUGAUAAAUUAUGAUGAGUGCUUUUCCUUUUGUCACACAUUCAAUACAGAUAGUGUAGUAGAUUUAAAGACCUUUAAAUUUUAACAGGAUUGUGUUUUCCAAUAAAGAAACAGCAUUUAAAUUUACAAGGCAGGACUGGUAUAAUCAUAAUUUUCAAUAAAUUGUAUACACAUAGUAAGAUGUAUUUGUAUGUUGUGAUGUAUACAGUAUUAUUUUGUGUUGUACUGCUCAUUUAUGGAUUUGAACGUGGUUAUGAAUUUCACUAUGUUACUUCUUUGUUUGUGGUAUCUUAUGGUAGUUAUGAAAGAGAGGUACAUUAUAUUUCCCUUUUAAAAAUUGAGAUAACUUACAUAUUUAUAGUACUCAAAUUCAGAUAUACAUACCUUGUAUACUUAAAAAAAGGAAAAACUUCUAAAAAUACUUGGACAAAUGGUCUGUAGUUUCUUCCACAACAGCAAAUACUUUUGUUGGAAAUCAUAUACUAUUAGUAAAUCUGAUACAUUGGCAACUAUUGACACAAAUGGCAUGUUUAAGAAUAGCAUGUUAUGUAUACAUGUAUAAUUUUUCCUUGUGUAAGUUCUUUACCUUCAUAAAUAAAUGGAAGGUUAUAAAAAUAUUGUUGUUGUUACCCAUCUUGUGACAGUGAAUUGAGUUUUGAACCAUGUUAGAACUUAGACACUACUUUCAUGUUGCAGAUGCAUAAGGUCAUCGGACUGAUAUUUGUAAUAAAGAGAUGCCAAAUCAAUA